CUAGAAACAGCUACCCAACCAAACCAUAUUUGUAGUAUUCCAUUUUCCAUUGCACCCAACAUCUUUCUCCAGUCAUGGCAGCAUCUUGCUACUGUAAGAAAAGUUAUGCAAGUGCUUGUUUUCAUGUAACACUCUUGCUUCUUGUAACACCUCAUGCAGCUUCAUUGGAAUUCAACUAUCAGCAAUUUGGUGACACUGGAAACGACUUCAAUACCUCGGGAGAUGUUCAAGCUGUGCAAGGAAUCCUCCAACUCACCGAGUAUAAGCCAGAUAGUUAUGGUAGAGUCGUAUAUAACAAAUUAUUGCAUCUUUGGGACAAGAGUUCGGGAAAGGUUGCAGAUUUCACUACCCAUUUCUUCUUUACCAUCAACACCCCAAAUAAAACCUAUCAUGGAGAUGGAAUCACCUUCUUUCUGGCAGAUCCAAAGUUUCCAGACUCCAAAAUAGAUGGAAGUGGUAUUGGUCUGGCCAGCCGUGAGCAACUGGGGUCUAUAAAUUACGCAAAGGACUUUCCUUUUGUAGCAGUGGAAUUUGAUACCUUGGCUAAUGACUGGGAUCCGAAAUAUGAUCAUGUGGGUAUCGAUGUCAAUGCUAUUAACACUACUCACACUACAGAGUGGUACACUAGCAUGGAUCAAAGAGGGUAUGAUGCUGAAAUUAGUUUUGAGUCUGUGUCAAACAGAUUAAGUGUCACAUUCACCGGAUAUAAGGAUAAUGCCAAAAUUGAACAGACCUUAUUCGCAGUGGUCAAUUUGAGUGAUAUCUUACCUGAAUGGGUUAAAUUUGGUUUCUCUUCGGCAACAGGAUAUACUUAUGAGGAACAUACUCUUAGUUCAUGGUCCUUCAAAUCUAGUUUGGAGAUGGAACAAGACAAGGGUGGAAGCAAAAGAGGGCUGGUGAUAGGGCUGAGCGUUGGACUUGGUGUUGGUGUUUUAAUAGCUAUUGUGGGGGUAACUUUUCUUGUGAGAUGGAUGAUGAGGACUAGAGGAAUAGAAGAUGUCUCCCUUUUUGACCAUGCUAUGGACAAUGAUUUCGAAAAAGUCUCUGUACCCAAGAAAUUUUCCUAUGAAGAACUAGCCAGAGCAACCAAUAACUUCGCAACAGAAAACAAAAUUGGACAGGGAGGUUUUGGCGCCGUCUACAGGGGAUUUAUAAGAGAGUUGAACACCUAUGUUGCCAUUAAGAAGGUAUCUCGUGGAUCUAGACAAGGGGUGAAAGAGUAUAUGUCUGAAGUAAAGAUCUUUGGUCAACUGAGGCAUAAGAAUUUGGUUCAACUCUUUGGGUGGUGCCAUGAGCAUGAGGACCUGCUGCUGAUUUAUGAGUUCAUGGAAAAUGGAAGCUUGGAUUCUUAUCUGUUCAAGGGAAAAGGCCUGCUGACAUGGAAGGUGAGAUACAAUAUUGCGAGAGGGUUGGCAUCAGCAUUGUUAUACCUGCAUGAAGAGUGGGAAGAAUGUGUGCUUCAUAGAGACAUAAAAUCCAGCAAUGUUAUGUUGGAUUCUAAUUUUAAUACAAAGCUUGGUGAUUUUGGGUUAGCCAGACUAAUGGAUCAUGGAAUAGGAUCAAAAACAACCGUUUUAGCAGGAACAAUUGGGUAUUUGCCUCCUGAAGCUACCACAAGAGGCAAGGCCAGUAGGGAAUCUGAUGUAUUCAGUUUUGGAGUAGUUGCUUUGGAGAUAGCCUGUGGUAGAAAAGCAAUUGAAUCUAAUAUGAAGGAAGAACAGAUGUAUUUGGUGGAUUGGGUUUUGGAACUCCAUAGCAUUGGUGAAAUCCUUAAAGCUUCUGAUCCAAGCUUAUAUGGACACUUUGAUGAGAAGGAAAUGGAGACGUUAAUGAUAGUUGGCCUUUGCUGCACUCACACAGAUUACCUCAUGAGACCUACCAUUAGGCAAGUUGUUCAGAUGCUUAAUUUUGAAGCUCCAUUGCCCAUUCUCACACAAAGGGGAUCAGUCUAUAAUGCAUCUUUCAGUUCUAUGGCUUCUGGGACUCCUGCUUUUUCAAAUAACCAACCACUGUCUUCAACUUCAAGCAGCAGUGUAUUCACGGGGUCCUCACAAUCCACAGCAACUCUUGAAAUCAUUACCCCAACAGCUGCACAUUUGCAUACCUACUGAGUUUGAUUUCGUUUUCUAUUUAUCUUCUUUUUUUCUUAGUGAAAUUCUAUGUGUCACACUCCCUCAUAUGUAUUUUCUUCCAACAAUUUCAAGCCUAAAUCUGGCCCUGCCGUUCUGUAAUGUUACAAAAGAUUCUUGAACAGAUCUCAUACU